UUUUCAUCCGUCUUGCCCUCCUUCAGGUUGUAAGGUGAGGCAUGGAUAACGGCGACCCGCUCGCGGCUCCAGCGGCUCCAGCGGCACAGUGGCCGGGGUUCGACCCGGUUAACCGCACGGACGACCUGCCGACGCCGUACCUCCUCAAUGUGUCGUACGACGAGCUCGGGUUCUCCACGCCGGGCCCCAACGCCACCGCCUGGGAGGAGGACAUCGCCUACAACCGACACAGCCGAGUCAUCGCGCUGGGGGUCCUCUUCGCCGCCGGGCUGUGCGGAAACCUCUGCGUCUGCAACUGGAUGCGCGUGCACCGCAAGAAGAAGUCGCGCCACAACACCUUCGUGUUGAACCUGACCGUGGCGGACCUCCUGGUGACACUCAUCACCGUGCUGUCACAGAUCAUCUGGGAACUCAUGGAGGACGCCUGGAUGGCCGGGGACGUGGGCUGCCGGGUGGUCAAGUUCGGACAGGACGCCUGGAUGGCCGAGGAUGUGGGCUGCCGGGUGGUCAAGUUCGGACAGGUGUUCGCCAUCAUCGCGUCCUCCAACAUGAUCGUGCUGCUGGCGCUGGACCGGCAUAACGUCAUCAUCAAGCCGUUCUCCUCCCGCUGGCGGCCCUGGAAGAUCACGGCGGUGGGCUGGGUCGUCUCCCUGCUACUGGCCGCGCCACAGGCAUACGUCUUUCGCGAGGUGCAGGACGAAGACGGAGUCCCCUUAUGCAGGAGCAUCUUCUCCUCCCAGCCCGCCUGGCACCUGCAGAUCUACAUCAUCUACGGCGCCACCGUGGUGUUCGUCAUACCCUUCUGUAUCCUGUCCUACACCUACACCCGCGUGCUCGCCAAGGUGUGGAUCCGGGCCCGGGCGGGAAGCCCCCGCGAGCUCGCACGGCAGGCCGACGGCAGCAAGAAGCUCAAGCGCCAAGUGUCGUGCGUGGCGCAAGCGGGUAACCUCCUGCCACGUGCCAAGGUGAAGACACUGAAGAUGACCCUGGUGAUCAUCAUGGCGUUCGUGCUGUGCGGUCUGCCUUACUUCAUCGUGGAGAUCAAGGUCGCGUUCGGGGGCAUGUCUCAGCUUGACGUGGACGUGUACGCCGUGCUGGGCGUCUUCGCUGUGGCCAACAGCGCCGUCAACCCCUUCGUCUUCCUCUUCUUCAACUCCACCAACAAGUUCGUCCACAGCCUGGAGCAGAAGUGCUGCUUCGCCUGCCUCAGCAAGAAGCGCGUGCGCGAGGGGGUGAAGCGGAUGGAGGUGGUCAUCGCCUCCUGGUCCCCCAGCCGCCGCUCCAGCAAGCCCUCGCUUCAAGUGACUGUCAAGAGGGCCAGGACCCUCAGCGCACAACUUUAAGCGUCUGUAGAAAGUCUGCGGACAACACGUACGGACAUGUGCACGGUCCAUCCAGCAAGCCCUCGUUUCAAGUGACUGUCAAGAGGGCCAGGACUCUCAGCGCACAGCUCUGAGCGUCUGAAGAACGUCUGCAGACAACACGUACGGACAUGUGCGCGGUCCAUCCAGCAAGCCCUCGCUUCAAGUGACUGUCAAGAGGGACAGGACUCUCAGCGCACAGCUGU